CCUACCUUUAGAUUGGUCACUAGGAGCUUGUUUCUACUGCAUCCUCACGUGUUUCAGUGCAGCAGCAAAUUUAAUACAUUCUGGUAGAGGGAGCCCAAUCUGAGACUGGACUGUGAGUGAGCAAAGACUGUGCCGGUGUGGCCAAGAAGUCAAAAAAAGAUUUAGUUUAGCUGCUAAUUUUUCAUCUCUAUUUAAUACAGAAAUACUUUUUUAAUGGCUCUGUGGUUUUUUUCUUAUAUUUAUGGCAAAUAUCCUAAAAUUUACAGAUGUAGUUAAUUGUGGUUUUCAGUUAUGGUUCAGUUACCUGUUAAAAAUCCACCUCAAGGCCACUGUAGCAGUAAACCUGUUCUGUCUGUCUGUUAAAAUACGUGCCUGCCCAUGGUGCGCUGCUCUGUUUGAGGAUGUUCUAAUGUCAGAGCUGCACAAGGAUGCUUAGGGGCCAAAUUUAAAUCGGGUGUUUUCGGGCAGAGUCGUGGGACUUUUUGCGCCUCGUGUUGUUUUUCGCAUCAUUUGUCCACUAAUCAGGAUCUGAUCAGCUGCUGUUUCCACCGUUGUUAUUGUUUGCGCCACUCCCACCACGAACAUGACACGUGCAUCUCUAUCCCUUGCGUGCCACGAGAGCUGUCCUAAUCCCGUCCCUGCGCUCUGAUAGGUCGAUGAGUCGCAAACAGGUGAGCCCGGUUGGCUGGGAGGUGAGCUCAGAGGGCGGACCGGUUGGUUUCCUGCCAAUUAUGCAGAGCGUAUACCCGACAGUGAAGCGCCAAUCACGCUGCGCUCCACAGUCUCAGCCACGACCUCCUCGACCCAGCAGCCGAUGACCACGCCCCCUCCCGCCCCAGGACACGCCGCCUCCUCCACCACGUCCUCUUCUAACAGCAACUGGGCGGACUUCAGCACAACCUGGCCCUCAAACACAACCAGCCAAUCAGACAGCGAGGGCUGGGACGCGUGGCCGACCUCUUCGGCCAGUCAGAAUCCAUCUCUGAGCGUUCCCUCGGCACAGCUGCGGCAACGCUCCGCCUUCACUCCCGCCACCAUGACGACAGGUUCCUCUCCUUCUCCCGUACUGGGACAGGGAGAGAAGGUCGAGGGUCUUCAGGCUCAGGCCUUGUAUCCCUGGAGAGCCAAGAAGGAGAACCACCUAAACUUCAACAAAAACGAGAUAAUAACAGUGUUGGAGCAGCAGGACAUGUGGUGGUUGGGUGAACUGCAGACCGGACAAAGAGGCUGGUUCCCCAAAAGUUACGUGAAGCUCAUCUCCGCCACCAUGACGGCGCCCCCUGGUGUUCCAGCAGCAGCAGCACGCAGCAAAAACACUAA